UAGCUUCACAUAGGUUAGAUUCUUGGCGAUACUAAGAUUCCAGCUCAGUCGCAGUUGAGAUGGACUCGUCUAUGUACCUGUAUGAUGUCCCCCCAGUUUUGAUGGAGAAGUUUUGUAAGAUAAUCGACAGCGGUGAUGACAGCCUCGGAUGGCGCGGGCUCGCGGCGCGUAUCGUGCCAAGUUGGACGGAGGUGCGACGCACCGAGAGGCUGGAGGCAAUAGGCAAGAGCCCCACGCGAGAACUCAUCUGGUCGUGGGCGCAACAGAACAAAACUGUUGGGGACCUUGUGAAGGUGUUGGAGGAUAUGGGUCACACCAGAGCUCUACAGCUCUUUAUUCCUCAAGAAACACAGUAUUCCUUCCCCAACAGACCAUCAAAGAGCAGCAAGGAUAAUCCCUCCCCUCCUCAAUUACCCACGUCACCCCCACCUGCCAGUGAGUCGACCCGACCUGGGUGGAACCAGUCUCAUGAUCAUGUGUCAAGUGAAGGUACAUGUGCAGACCUGGAGGAAGUGACCAGAACUCUGUCACACCUGAGUUCCAAAGCGUAUUCUCUCUGUGUAGUUCUAAAGAACUCUGUCACACCUGAGUUCCAAAGCGUAUUCUCUCUGUGUAGUUCUAACAUACUGCUGGACGAGCGGCUGCAGCCCAAGCUGUCUGAUUUUGGGACGGCCAGUCUCAGACCCCACUCCGUCAGUCAGAGCUGCACCGUUACCUUGGAUACGACCUUCGGAACCCUGGGCUACCUGCCGGAGGAAUACGUACGAGAUGGAAAGCUGUCCGUCAGUCUGGACGUGUUCAGCUUGGGAGUGGUUAUAAUGGAAAUGAUAACAGGACGGAAAGCUAGAGAGGAGACUCCUAAACACACCCUGCUGAGAAACGUCCUACGUGGAGAGGCGGAGGACACUGGCAGUGUAGACUCCUGUCUUCAGUAUCUGGACCCGAGAGCUGGUCUUUGUCCCCACUCUAUGUCCUUUACCUUGUUGCGUCUAGCCCUGGACUGCACCUCUACACGACCACGCAACAGACCCACCAUGGAGAAUGUGUUACAGGUAUUGAGCCAGCUGCUUCCCCUGCCGUGCCCACCUGAAGACCAGCCCCACACGCUGACCGACGAGGCCCCAGCUCCCCCUGCCUCUCCUGCCCAGACGGGACAGGGCCCCAGCUCCAACCCCAGCCCCAGUGUGCCUGUGGAGGAUGAUGAGCUGCACAGUUACCCCGUUGAGAACCCUCAGCCAGCUCCAGCCCAGGGAGGACCCUGUGAGUGUAGCCAGUCAGAGGUCACCUAUCUGGGCAGUGGGGAGCGGAGCUGCCACCUGUCACGGGAGGGGGCUGGGGAAAGAGCAGGGCUAGGGGCUGAUGAGGCUGACCAGAGCCUACAGACCAAUGGAGAGCCAGUGGAUCUUUACGGUAGCUGGCCAGUCCAAUGUAGCUGUUCAGCUGAGGUGAAUGGACUGGGCUGUGAAGACUGUAGAGCCAAUGGGUUUACUCCCUGCCCCUCAGACCUCCCUCAAGGUGACCUCAGCUUCUCUUCCCUCAGUAUAGUGGACAACCCUGCCAAGCAGAGAAUGAUGAAUGAUUGA